UACAACAAUUGACCUCAACAGAGUAAGACUCACCCUCUUCUCUUUCGGUGAAUCAUUUAAAUUCAGAGGGAGAGUCGACAUCUGGACUAUGAAUGGCUUUUGUCGGCUGCUUGGGCUUCAAGCACCUCCAAGUAAAUCUAGGAAAAAAUAUUUUUUCAGCACACUCGGGGACCUUAUCUUGCAAAAUUGGGAUUGUGAUCAGAAAUUGAAGGAUAUAUUGAAAUCAGUGGAUAAGUCUUUUGAUUAUUUUCAUAAAUACAUCAGCAAAUGCGAUUUGGUUUUUAUACCAUGCCUGUACCGGGUGCAUUGGUUUGUUUUUGUGGUCGACUUCCCAGCGGAGUGCUUCACUAUUUUAGAUUCAUAUUUCAAAGAAGGCAGCGAGUACCACAAGCACACGAGGAAUCUCCUUAUCCCAAAUUUCAGUCAAGUCUGGGCAAAAUACAUUCAUAUGAAUAUUGACUUCACAAAGUUCAGAUUUGAACACCCCAUUGUGCCAAUGCAGAAUAAUAUGGAUGAUUGCGGUAUUUUUUGCAUGAAAUUUUUGCAACUGUUCAGCCCCUGGUCGCACUUGAAAGACAAGUAUUCAUUCCGUGACAUCAACAAUUUCCGCGUGCAAAUAUCAAAUGGCAUGCUUUUCAGCCAGCACAACACGUCUUUUAGAGUGAGGAACAUGGUAACUGAUCAAUCCGAGGAGUAAGGAGAUUUUUGUGAUCUGUUCUUCA